AUGUAUAUCAAGCAGAUUAUCAUCCAGGGGUUCAAGUCGUACAAGGAGAUGACGGCGCUGGACCCCUUCAGUCCGAAAAUCAACGUCAUCGUCGGAGCUAAUGGAUCUGGGAAGUCGAAUUUCUUCAGCGCGAUCCGGUUCGUGCUGGCGGACAGCUUCAGCUCCAUGCGACAGGAGGAGCGGCAGCAGCUGCUGCACGAGGGCGCGGGCCACGCGGUGCAGUCUGCGUACGUGGAGAUCGUGUUUGACAACAGCGACGGUCGGCUCCCGGUGGACCGCGACGAGGUCCGGGUCCGGCGGACGAUCGGGCCGCGCAAGGACGAAUUCCACCUCGACCGCAAGCACGCGACCAAGGCCGAGGUGCUCAACCUCCUCGAGAGCGCGGGCUUCUCCCGAUCCAACCCCUACUACGUCGUGCAGCAGGGCAAGAUCACGAAGAUGGCGCUGAUGAAGGACGCCGAGCGGCUGGACCUGCUCAAGGAGAUCGGGGGCACGCGGCUGUACGAGGAGCGGCGGCUGGAGUCGCAGAAGAUCAUGCACGAGACGGAGGCGCGGAAGAGCCAAAUCGAGGAGAUCGUGUCCUCGCUCGACGCGAAGCUCAAGGAGCUGGACGAGGAGCGCAAGGAGCUCGCAGCAUAUCAGAAGGCCGACAAACAGCGCCGCGCGGUGCAGUACCUGCUCCACGACGCGGAGCUGCGCGAGGCGCGGGCGGCGCUGGAGGCGGUGGACAAACGGCGCGCGGACCUGGCGGCGGAGUCGGUGCGGCACGAGCAGGAGGCCACGCGCGCGCACUCGGACGUGAGGGAGGCGAAGCGGGAGCUCGCGGGGCUCGAGGCGAGGCGCGAGGACGCGCGGCAGGCGGCGACGGCGGCGGCGGCGCGACGGACGGACGCGGUGGAGGCGCGGGCGCGGAAGGAGCUGGAGGUGCAGGACAUGGAGGCGCGGCUGGCGGAGCGGGCCGGGGACGCGGAGAGCGCGCGGGCGGAGCGGGCGGAGCUCGCGGCGGCGGUGGCGGCCAAGCGCGCCGCGCUGGCGGAGGCCGAGCGCGCGGCGGGGGAGCGCGAGGGCGAGGAGGCGGCGUGCCGGGAGGAGCUCGCGGAGGUGUCGCGGCGGCUGGACGCGCUGUACGGGAAGCAGGGGCGCGGGGAGCAGUUCGGGAGCGCCAAGGAGCGCGACGCGUGGAUCCGCGCGGAGGUGGCCGCGAUGACGGAGACGCUGCGGAAGCACGAGCGCGCGCUGGCGUCGCUGGAGGAGGAGGUGGGCGCGAAGCGCGCGGAGCUGGGGGCGUCCGAGGGCCACCUGCGCGACCUGGAGGCCAAGGGGGGGGAGUAUAGUGCGUCGGUGGAGGGGUUCAAGGCCGACGUGGCGCGGCUCGAGCGCGACCGCGACGGGCUGCAGAACACGAAGAACAAGCUGUGGCGCGAGUCCGAGGAGGCGGAGAAGGCGCGCGCGGACGCGGACGACACGCUGGCGCGCGCGGCCUUUGCGCUGGAAAAGUCCGUCAACCGCGACCUGAGUCAGGGCCUGAACAGCGUGAAGCGCCUCGUCAAGGAGCACAACCUGCGCGGCGUCCGCGGCGUCCUCGUCGAGCUCCUCGACUGCCAGGCGACGUUCCACACCGCGGUGGAGGCCGCGGCGGGCAACUCGCUGAUGCACGUCGUGGUGGACGACGACGCGGUGGCGGCGCGCGUGGUGCGGCUGCUGAACGAGUGCCGCGGCGGCCGCGUGACCUUCCUCCCGCUCAGCCGCGUCAACCCGCCGCCCACGCAGUACCCCACGCAGUACGGCGACUCCGUGGUGCCGAUCCUGAAAGUGCUCAAGUACGACAAGGAGUACGAGGGGGCGAUGCGGCAGGUGUUCGGGAAGACGCUGAUCUGCAAGACGCUCGACCUCGCGUCGCGCGUCGCGCGUGAGGCCUCGUUCAACUGCGUGACGCUCGACGGUGACACCGCGAGCAAGCGCGGCGCGCUGACGGGCGGGCACCGCGACGUGCGGCACAGCAAGAUGGCCGCGAUGGCGCGCAUGCGCGAGGCCGAGGACGCCGUCGCGCAGCUCGAGGCGCAGCAGCGCGAGCGCCGCGACCAGGUCCUCGCCGUCGACCAGACCAUCGCCGACACCAUGGGCGAGCUGCAGAAGCUGCGCGUGCGCGUGGAGCGCGACCAGGCGGCCGGCGCGGCGGUGGCGCGCGACGUCGAGCGCGAGCGCGCGCGCGGCGGCGAGCUGCAGAAGGCGAUCCGCGAACUCGAGCGGCGGUGCGUGGCGCUGCGCGCGCAGGUGGUGGACGUGCGGAGCGGCGUGGCGGCGCUCGAGGCGGAGCUCGGCACGGAGCUGCGGUCGCAGCUGUCGGCGCGCGAGCGGAAGGAGCUCGCGGAGCUGCAGCCACGGAAGGAGGACCUGGCGCGGCAGGCGGUGGACGUGGCGAUCGCGGCGCGGGAGGCGGCGCAGGGCGCGGAGGCGCUGCGGGACGAGCUGGAGCGGAACCUGGAGCGGCGGCUGCGCGAGGUGGAGCAGCAGGUGGCCGAGGCGGACGUCGGGGAGGCCAGCGCGGAGCUCGAGGCGCUGCGGGCGGCGGUCAAGGAGAGCGCGGCGGAGGUGCGGGGCGCGGAGGAGGAGGAGCGCAAGGCGAACAAGGCCGCGGCGGAGGUCGCGAAGAAGAUCGCGGCGGUCCAGGCGCGGCUGGAGGAGAUCGACGCGCGGGAGGCCGACGAGGAGGACCAGGAGCGCGUGUACCGCGAGAAGCUCGACGGGCUGAUGCGGGAGCGGGCCGCGCUGCUGGUGCGCCGGGACGACGCCGCGCGGCGCGUGCGCGAGCUCGGCGCGCUCCCGACGGACGCGGUCGAGCAGCACCGCAGCAAGCACGCCAAGCAGCUGCGCGAGACCCUCAAGAAGAUCAACAAAGACCUCGAGCGGUUUGGCAGCGUGAACCAGAAGGCCCUCGACCAGUACGUGUCGUUCAUGGAGCAGCACGACGAGGUGCGCGAGCGGCUGAAGGAGUGCAACCAGUCCGCGGCGAAGCUCGCGGAGCUCAUCGCGACGCUCGACCAGCGCAAGGAGGAGGCCAUCCUGCGCACCUUCAAACAGGUCGCCAAGAACUUCCGCGACAUCUUCGCGGAGCUGGUCGCGGGCGGGCGCGGCGAGCUCGUCAUGGUCAAGCGGCGCGCGGCCGAGGACGCGGACGACGACGGCGACGCCGCGGGCGCCCCCGCGACCAGCGUGGACCAGUUCUCGGGCGUCAAGGUCCGCGUGUCGUUCGGGGCGGGCGAGGUGCAGGCGAUGAAGCAGCUCUCGGGCGGGCAGAAGACCCUCGUGGCGCUCACGCUGAUCUUCGCGAUCCAGCGGUGCGACCCGGGGCCGUUCUACCUCUUUGACGAGAUCGACGCGGCGCUGGACCCGCAGUACCGGACGUCGGUGGCGGCGAUGAUCCGGAAGCAGGCCGAGGACGACCGGAACCCCGCGCAGUUCAUCGUGACGACCUUCAACCCGCAGCUGGUCCAGGUGUCGGACCAGGUGUACGGCGUCAGUCACGCGAAACGGAUCUCUACCGUCGACCUGGUGACGCGCGAGGACGCCAUCCAGUUCCUGCAGGAGGACGAGCAGCACGACGCAGCGGGGGGCGCGUAG